GUGAUGUUAAUUGAACUGCUGUUAACGUUUUAUUGCUUUGUGCAGUCAGCUUCAUAUUUCAUAAACGUCGAUGCAAACGAAGAGUUGUGCUAUUUUGACCGCGUAACAGCUAACACUAAAAUGAGUCUAAUGUUUGAAGUUGCUGAAGGUGGUUUUCUAGAUAUCGAUGUGAAGAUUGUUGGACCUGACAAAAAAGAAAUUUACAAGGGUGAACGAGAAAGUUCUGGUAAAUAUACUUUUGCGGCUCAUAUGGAUGGAGCAUAUACUUACUGCUUCGGAAAUAAGAUGUCAACAAUGACUCCAAAAAUGGUUAUGUUUAGUAUGGAAAUUGCAGAACCAGGUCAACAGGAUCCAUUAAAUCAAGAUUUAGACAAUGCUACAGGUGUUUUUUUAGCCGAAAAUCUGAAACUGGAGGAAAUGGUACGAGAAUUGUCGUCAGCGUUGACAUCUGUUAAGCAUGAGCAAGAGUAUAUGGAAGUGCGAGAACGUGUACAUAGAUCAAUAAAUGAAAAUACAAACUCGAGGGUAGUUCUUUGGGCUGUCUUUGAAGCUCUUAUACUUGUCUCGAUGACAGUUGGACAGAUAUUUUACCUUAAACGGUUCUUUGAAGUUCGUCGAGUUGUAUGA